CUCUCGGGUUAAAGCCGGUGGGUGGCUAGCAGCAAAACUAAACAAUACGUAAUUCUUUUCAAAUAAGGACAUGUUAUCCUAUCUAUAUCGAAACCUGUCUCGUCGGUUGAUGUUUCAACAAUCGGUUCUGUUGGAAGUGAAAGCCGAAUAUUCUUCUCGGCGAGUUGCAAUUGCACUACGUAGCAAGAAAGCCAAAGCGGAUAAACCAACUACACAAUAUUUCGUUGACAGCAAACACAUUAGAACCGUGGGUGGAAAUGGAGGAGACGGUUGUAUUUCAUUUCUUCGGCUUUGGUGUAACGAAAAUGCGGGUCCUGAUGGUGGUGACGGAGGCAACGGAGGGCACGUCGUUUUUCAGGCUAGUACCGACGUGCGGGACUUGAACCAUGUGACUACGCUACUCACUGCAGAAUUUGGCGACAAAGGUCGUAAUAAAGACUGUCACGGAAAAAAUGCAAGUCACACAGUUGUGAAGGUUCCUUUGGGGACAAUCGUAAAGAACAGCUGUGGCAAGGUUGUAGGUGAUUUGGACACGGAAGGAAUGAUGUUUGUGGCUGCACGAGGAGGAGCCGGAGGCAAAGGUAAUCACUUCUUUACAAGUGAUAUGGAACAAGCGCCACAAGUCGCAGAACACGGUGGACAGGGAGAAGAUAUAUCGUACAUUUUAGAGCUUAAAAGUAUGGCACACGUUGGAUUUAUAGGACUUCCCAACGCGGGUAAAAGCACAUUGCUCAGGGCGAUUUCACGGGCGCGACCAAAAGUAGCCUCCUAUCCUUUCACUACUUUGAAGCCGCAUCUAGGAAUGGUGCAAUACGAUGAUUACGAACAGAUUGCGGUGGCCGAUCUUCCCGGUCUCAUACCGGACUCGCACAAAAACAAAGGACUUGGUAUACAGUUUCUGAAGCAUGCUGAACGUUGCAGUGUUCUACUCUUUGUGGUGGAUGUUUCCUUAGAGGAACCCUGGCAUCAUUAUCAUACUCUCGUGCAUGAACUAAGCAUGUUCAGUGAGGAAUUGGUCGGACGACCGAAGAUAAUAAUUGCGAACAAAAUUGAUCUGCCGGAAGCGGAAAAGAACCUUCAAAUUUUGGAGCACCACGUGGAUGUUCCGGUUAUACCGAUCAGCGCAAAACUCGGCACCAAUGUCAGCGAAUUACUAAGAGAAAUUAGAAUUAUUUAUGAUGGAAUUCAGAAGAAGAAAUUGACUGAAACUACUUAAGAGAAAAAUAAAUCGA